GCUCUUACAGAAGUUGUUCCAAAAGCUAUCUGAAACAGAAGUCUGACCAAUCAGAAGCCCUCAGAUCCACCCCAGCUGACCAAUCAGAAGCCGCUGGGUCGCUGGUCUUCCGGGUCGUUGAACUGCGGCGCAGCGGGAGUCUGUCAGUCCGAGGCAGGGAGAGAUGGUGGUCGGAGCGGAGCGGCGGGACUCAGCUCGGCGCUUGUGGACUUUUAACCGGAGCGGAUGAGAUGCCGGGGGACAUGACGAGCAAACAGGACGGUCCGAGUCGGAGCGCGUGUUUCACUUUUACCAUCGACAGCAUCCUCAACCUGCAGCAGCGGCGCAGCGGGGACUCGGACGGGUCGAAGAGGGAUUUUCAAGCGGGACACGAGGAGCCGUGGGACGUCCGGAGGGAGCGAGACAGCCGGUCAGAGGAGACAGCGAAGCCCCGAGUGUCCUCCUCCCCGGCGGCGCGCAGCCCGGGCUCGGAGGAGGAGGCCGCCGUCGCCCCGGACUCUAAGCCCGCCGCCGGGAAGAAGAAAACCCGCACCAUCUUCUCCAAAAGGCAGAUCUUCCAGCUGGAGGCCACCUUCGACAUGAAGCGCUACCUGAGCAGCUCGGAGAGAGCCUGCCUCGCCAGCUCCCUGCAGCUCACCGAGACCCAGGUGAAGAUCUGGUUCCAGAACCGGCGCAACAAGCUGAAGCGGCAGCUGACCACGGACGUGGUGGCCGCGGAGCAGUUCUCCGAGGCGGGGAAGCCCGUCCAGGUCCCGGGCUUUUAUAAGGACAGCAGCCUGCUGGGUGGAUGUUUGUUCCCCGUGUCUCUGCCCGUCCUCUACCCGAACUCUGCGCCUUACAUCUGCUUCUCCAGCUCCAAAUACUUUAACCUGUUCGACACGGACUGAGGAGAACCUGGACUACAUCC